UUUCCCAGACGUCGUUGUGCGUGUACGCAACUACGUGCGUACGUACGUGUUGUACUAACGUCUAACACGUAAGUACUGUCCGUUGUCGUCUUCCAAAGUUCCUACACGGUUCCACCCCUCAUCGGUGACUACCCCUCGAAGAACAGUAAUCGAGCUAAUAAUAAAAAUAAUAGCAACUGUUAUUAUUGUAUCGCGGACAGUGCGCGUGUGCGUGUGUGUGUUGUCGGUUGUUAUUGCAGUGGUGCGCGAUUAGUAUUUUUUUUUUCAAUUUUUUUUUUUUUUAUUUGUAAUUUUAUGUACACAUAGAGGACAAUUUUUUUUUUACUAGUGAAAUAAACAGUUUUUGCAGUCCAGCGAGUCGCAACACUUGACCGUAAUCACAGAUAACAGAUUGAAUGCGGUGAACUAAUUUUGAGGAACAUUUUAUGACGACAGUUGAGGACUGUUAAUUGUGUGUACGCGUGCGCGUACUUACGUUUGUGUAGUCUGCUGCUUGUGUCGCGUGUAUAGAUUCGGUUUGGACGGUGAUCACUGUACUUUCUCGGGAGCAAUAAUUGCCGCCGAUUUCGCUGCCAGCGCCGCCACUGCAAUCACUGUCGCCACCGUCGCCACCGUCGCCACCACCAACCUUUGUCAUGGAAGUGAUGGACUCGAACGCAAACACCGUAUUGCACUCGGUCACCAAAGGCGGGCAUUUCGGUCCGCCACCUGUUGUCACCUGGUCUGGCAUGGACAACGUGACCAAUGCGUCCAUGUUCGAUGAGUCGAAUCUCCCAUACGACAUGAAGUUCAACGAGGGCCACGUGGUCGCCAUAAUCACUUACAGCAUACUCAUGGUCGUCUCGGCCAUAGGUAACAUCACGGUGCUGACGAUCAUCCUGAAACGAAGGCGCAAGGCAGGCACGAGGAUACACGCGAUGCUCACGCACCUGGCCAUCGCUGAUCUGUUGGUAACUUUUUUGAUGAUGCCGUUGGAAAUAACGUGGGCAUGGACUGUGCAAUGGGUUCUUGGUGAUCCAUUAUGUCGAAUCAUGUCAUUUUUCCGAAUAUUUGGAUUAUAUCUUUCCAGUUUCAUUUUGAUAUGUAUCAGCGUUGAUAGGUACUUAGCUGUUUUGCAGCCAAUGCGUUUAUACCAGAUGGAUCGCAGGGGAAAGUUAAUGAUUGCAGUGGCUUGGAUUGCAUCAGUAAUUUGUAGCUUACCGCAGACUUAUAUAUUUCACGUGGAACGACACCCUAAUGCCACAUGGUACGAACAGUGCGUCACUUAUAACGCUUUUUCGUCCAAAUUGCACGAGCUGGCUUACUUAUAUUUCGGCAUGUUCAUGAUGUACUGGUUGCCUCUAAUCGUUAUACUAUUCUGCUACGCUUCCAUCAUCAUUGAAAUAUAUAGAAGGUCCAGGGAAUCGAUUUGCGGUCAAGGUACUGAUAAUGUACGUCGUCUGGGAUUUUUAGGACGUGCCAAAAGUAGAACAUUAAAGAUGACAAUCAUUAUUGUCAUAGUGUUUGUUGUAUGUUGGACUCCUUACUACAUUAUGGCUAUUUGGUACUGGACGGACUACAAGUCGGCGCAAAUGGUCGAUCAGAAGAUACAGCACGCGCUCUUCAUGUUCGCAUGCACUAAUUCGUGUAUGAACCCGAUCGUAUAUGGAGCGUUCAAUAUACGCACCAGGAGGACGCUGGUGACCCAGGCCACAAUUUCUAAAACUUCUACUGAAACCAGAUUGUUGGACUUUUGAAGCCCGCCAGAUGGACGGUGAUGAUAUAUACAUAAUAUAUACAUUUAAACUUUAAAUUUUUAAUUAAAUAAUUUCUAGUUGUAAAACAAUUUCGGUCAUAAUUAUUAUUUAUUAAUUAAUUUAAUUAAAAAAUAUGUAAUACCAAUGAUAUGUGCCAAAAUAACUGAUUUAUUAAUUUUAUUAUAUCCCAUCCUUACAAUAGGUGCCUAUAUCCAAAUAAGUAAACUAUUAAUAUCUACAAGCUUAUAAUAAUAUAAUAUCAAACACGAUAUUUGAGAACUUUUUCAGUAGUUAUUACUCAAACACAUAAUAAAAUUUGAUAAUAAUAUGAUAUAUAAUCGUAAUAUCAAAUAUGUAUAGUUAUUUAAAUUUUAAAGCCGAUACUAGUCAUGUAGAUAAAUAUUAUAUGUGUACCUAUAACAUAUUUUAUGUAUUCCAUACAUCUAAAACUUAUCUACCAUACUUAAAAAUUAGCAAAAAAAAAAGAAAAUUAACUAAAUUGUUUUUUAAUAUUUUUAUUUUAGACUAGCCAAUAAAGUGAAGAUGAUUUAAUUAUUGUAAUAAAUUUUUAAUAUUGAAAUGUAACGGGCAUACUUCAGCGAAAUGGCUUAAAAUUAUAUAAAGCAAUAAAUUAUUUGGGUGUUCAAUACACGUUAGUAGAAUUAUUUUAGAGGCAAUCAAACAAUUAAAAAAUCAUCAACACGCUUUUUAAUAAAAAAAAUACAGCCCAUAAUACAUUAGAUUAAUUUUCUUCUUGUCAUCAUUUUUAGCUUAUUUUUAAGUACAUUAAGAUAGAUAUAAUAAUCAUAAAUCAAAAUUGAUACAUUUUUAGUUGUAGUAGUUUUGUAGUAAUAAUAUAUAUUUUUUAAAUCAGUCAGCACAAUGGUUUUUGGGGAUAUCCUAAUAAUUCAAUGUUAUCAAUCUAAAUAUUCUAAAUAGAUAACAUAAUAUAACUAUUUCAUCCCAAUUUCUUUCUUCUAUUGAUUUAUCUCGUUUUCCCUUAUUACCGUCAAGUACUGUGUACAGUCAUCCAAAUUAUAUGUGAAUAAUUACUAUCAGAGUAUUUUUAUUAAUAUAUUGAAAAGUGAAGAUGGCAAGUAGGGCAGAAAUAGUGCUGUAGUUUAGCGCUUGCUUUUAUAAUUUAAU